AUGCAUUUGUGCGACCUCAAUUUCUUGUUUUAUUUGAUCUACAGUAAGGGGUCUCCUCCUCUUACAUGGACAAGGUUAUGCAAGAUUUUCUUUGUCUCUUCAUAUGGGUUGGCCUUGAGUUCCAAUCUGAAUUUAGCAGGAUUGAAGUAUAUUUCAGGAACAUUUGGUACGACAAUUCUCAGCAUUGUUCCUGCAUUGGUCUUUACCAUGGCUGUUUGUUUAAGGAUUGGAAGCCUAGACAUAAGAAAAUGGCAUGGAGUAGCCAAGGUAAUCGGGUUAUCCGGAGCCAUGGCAUUCACCUUCUACAAAGGCCCCUCUGUCUACCACGCUUCCUCAACCGCCCACCACCCGUUCGACGAAAAGCCUCACUCAACACACGAAUGGAUCAAGGGCCCGCCCCUCGCCAUCGCCGGCCAACUCUUCUACGCCAUGUGGAUCACUAUGCAGGCCACACUCCUCGCACAAUAUCCUGGCAAAUUGAGGCUCACCAUUCUCCAGUGCGGCCUGAGCUGCCUCUCUGCAACGGUGUACGCCGCCGCCGUCGAGAGGCGCGGAAGCUUCGGUGGGAUAUCGAUCUUUUAUCCGUCACCUAUUGUGUACGUUGUUCUUCAUCUCUCGUGAUAUCAUCCAUCUUCGAUUGAUUGAUUGGUCGAAUGUGAGACGGGGAUGAGUUAUUGGUUGCAAGCUUGGGUUAUAGAGAAGAAAGGGCCGGUGUUUACCGCCAUUUUCGGACCGUUGGCGCUCGUCAUUGCGGCCGUCUUCUCUGCU